UCCAAUUACAGAGACAGUAUCAAAAAGAAAACUAGAAGCUGUGAAGAAUGGAGGUGCCUCAUCCAGGUUUUAGAUUCUACCCAACUGAAGAAGAGCUGGUUUCCUUCUACCUUCGCAACAAGCUUGAUGGGAAGGGACCAGAUGUGCACCGGAUUAUUCCGGUCAUCGACGUUUGUGACAUGGAACCUUGGCACCUUCCAAAGCUUGCAGGAGAGCUGUGUCAAGCAGACACAGAGCAAUGGUUUUUCUUCACGCCAAGACAGGAGAGAGAAGCUAGGGGAGGAAGACCCAGCAGAACCACAGAUUCUGGGUACUGGAAGGCAACAGGCUCUCCUGGCUACGUGUAUUCAUCGGAAAACCGGGUGAUUGGAGUGAAGAAAACCAUGGUUUUCUAUAAGGGGAAGGCUCCUACAGGAAGGAAAACCAAGUGGAAGAUGAAUGAAUACAGAGCCAUUGAAGAAGAGAUCAACCCAUAUAGCAGAGUCAUUCCCAAGUUGAGGCAUGAAUUCACUUUGUGCCGAGUUUAUGUGAUCUCGGGAAGCUUCCGUGCAUUUGAUCGGCGCCCGGAAGUGUCAACAAUAAAGACACAGCAUGUCAUUGAUGGGGCAGGGGCUGGGGCUGCAAGUACAUCUCAGAACGCCACAAUGGAGGAAAGAACAAGUUCAUCUGAAACUUCUUAUUCAGGAGGAGACCUUCCUGAUCUCCCAGAGGUUGCAGGAAGUAUUAACUGGGAUAUAAAUGAUGGUUUAGAAUCUCUAUUGGAAUGGGACCAAAUAGAUUGGCUCUAACCCAAGCCAUGUAAAGAUCUGCAACCCUGUUGAGCAACACUGAUAUUGUCCCAUUCCAAUAGAGAGCACUAGAAAAGCUUACUUUAGAUCUAAUAAAUUCUUUUUUUCUUUUAUUCAUGAAGUGACAGAAGGGUACGUAGGAGUGAGGAUGUAAAUUUUAUAACAUGAGAAUUAAAAAUAUCUGUAAGAAAACUGAAGCUAGGAAUGAGAAGCAGGGUGAAGCAAGUUUUGGAGUAGCAGAGCUAAGUUGUCGAUUACGUUCAGCUUUAAUUAGUCUCAAGAUUGCUCA